ACACGCGCGUGCAUCUCGCGUUUCCGAGAAAGGAUCGGCCGAGCGCGGCUUUUCCUCGCGAUAUUACGCGAGUGGCAUUGUCAGCCUGUUACAUAACGAGCCGCCGCGGCAGCAGCGAUGAGAAUCUUCCCAGUGCGCGACGGGGUAUCCGGCUGUUUGAUAAACGCGCGGGUUCAUCGAUUUCGGAGACGCGCGGCGCGGCGCGGUUUCCCGCGACCCGACCGUUCAACCCGUGCCCGAUAACGAUCGCGUCGUCGCCGCCGCCGCCGCGAGUGUUCGACCUCAGGCUGUAUUUGGCGUGAAAGCCAAGGUGCCCGGUUGAUAGAUCGUCAGUGUCGCGAGCGGGCCUAAAAUGGAUUCGUGCGCGAUCGAACGAGCCCGCUUCGUAUUUUCAGCCAAAAUGGCGACGUCCUUGGCGAGGUCACGUGUCCAGCGUCGCCGUCCACUUGUUAGCCGCUCUCGCUUAAAUCGCUGCUUUUCGCGCGCGUCUCGCCACGCGUUCAAGUCACCGCGACGACGCGCCCCGGCCACGGCCCCGCGGAGACUCCAACGUCCCGCCCGCGCGUGCCUUAUCCCGAUCUGUUUCUUCCAUUUUCUUUUCUUUUUAACGAACGCGAGUUUCGCCACCGUCGAUUAACGCUAAUUUAAUCUCCCGCCGGCCGCGCUGCGUCCACGCAAAAGCAACUCAAAGUUAAUGAGACGUUAGUGAAACCUCGACGCUUUCCGAAGAGAUGCAGGCGUGCAUCCUCGACCGUGGACUUGUUUCUUCGGAGCAUUGCGUCGUACAUGUCUAUUGAAAGUUUACCUCAAGUCUUGAAAACUAAGCCUUUUUAUCAAGCAUAUUAAUCCCGCGUACGAUUUGUGAGAAAUUUGUGACAAGUUCGAUGAAGAUUUCCGCAUUCCGCGGAUGUCGUGAAAUUAUGGAAGAAAUUGUGAGAAAUGUGUUCGCGUAAUUGAAUUACGUAUGCAUCAAGGGCUGUCUUCGUUAAAGAAACACGGCAGAAUUCAUGCGGACAACUUAUAAGGAACAAAAAAUUAUCACUUAAUAAUAAGACGCAAUUCAAUGGCCCAUCAAGGAUAAUUAUUGCUCUUUUUUUUUACCGUUGCCCUCGCGAGUUCAUUCUGUUGUGGACAAAGUGCGUAAAAUGUCACGGACUUCUCGAGCUAUUCGCUUUUACGCGCUGACGCAUCCGUGACGUCACACGCAUAUCCAAUAAGAGCGUAAGCGGAAACGUUGCUGCUCACUCGGCAGCUGAGUUCCUCCCCGCAACGACAGUCCGAGUAAGUCGACGGGAACAUCAGGACUACGUGGCAGACAUGAUCGAAUAAUGGAGGUGAUUUCGACACGCCGAUACGAGGCCCGUCCACCGGCGAAUACCCACUCCUCUAUUCUCGUUGACCCUGAGAACUCCGUGGCAUUAAUCAAAGAAGAGGAAUGGGAGACCCGCAAGAAAAAGGAGAUUACCACCACGCGGCAGAUCGAGACGAGGGUGAAGCGGCAGGUCGUUCUCGAGGACGGCGAGGUCGUCGUCGAUUCCGGGCCCCUCGUCACCACGAACACGACCGAAGAUGUCGAGCAACAAGAGCACACGACUCAGGAGAGACGCACGACCGGGGAUCAACCGCGGGAGGUCGACUGGCUGCCGGCGGCAGGUGGUACCGAGGCCGGAAAUGGCGGUAACAUCGUGCAGAAGGAGCUGAACGAGACGGUGAUGAGGAGCCGCGAGGAGAUCGAGGAGAGACUCGAGACGGAGGAUCGUCAGCAGUUGGGAGAUAUCUCGGAUGAGGCGUACCAGAAGGCGGUGCGUAACAACAGGGGUGACUUGCGGGUGGCUCUUGCCGAGUCCUCGAAACAGUUAGCACCGCAGUCCGGUCCACGGGUCAUUCAGCACACGACUAGGUCAAACAAAGUCAUCGACACCGAGAAGACCUUGGAGAAAAAGGAGCUGAAGGCUGAUGGAUUAAUCGUUACCGAGAAGAAGCGAACGGUCGAGCACGAAGAGAUUAAAGACGACGAGGUCCCGGACGACGGGAAGAACGACGACGACGCCUCCGAGACGAAGAAGGAGAGCUCGCAGAGAUACGUGAAGAAGCGGGAAGAGGACGUGGUGGACUACAUCUCGGCCGGCGAGAGAGUCGGCCGAGAAAUGCGCUACGUCGCAGAGACAACCGAAGGAGAACGAAUAGGCGACUGGUCACCAUCACCGACGGGCAUGCGGACGACUCGUUUUCACAAGUAUCCCGGUUUCUCGGAUGCCGCUCGAAAGGAUGCUCUGACAAAGAAACCGCUGGAUCUUGAGGAAGAGGACGAGGCGAGAAAAUUCGAAACGUCGAAGUGGCUGGAGAGCCAUUUCGGCAGCGAUUCGCGCUCUUCGCACGGUUCUCUCGAUGCCGACGACUCUCCUAUUCCAACCAGUGCUAACACGAGCUACAUCAAUGUCACCAUGAAAUCCUGCACGCCGAAGGAGCGCGAUUAUCAGAAUGUAAGCCGUAAUCAGCGACGUGACCGAGAGUCGGAUUCGCCUUCAGGAUAUUUUCAUGGAAUCAGCGAGUGGUCGGAACGAUACCAAGGGAAGGAGAAGCAAAAUCAUGCGCGAUCGAACUCUCCAGUCCGGUAUGCGGAACCUCCACGUGCCAACGGACAUUUCCACGGGCAUAAGAGAAAUCAAGUUGAAUCAUCGUAUUCGAAAAGCUACGAGUCGUUCCAACGCGAAUAUCAGGAUCCUGCCGAGGAACGGCAACGUACACCUUCCCCACCGAUACGUCGACGAUCGAAGGAACAGUGGACAAAAUCCGAAGAAAAAAUCAACUCGAGCGAGCCGGGUCGUACCUCAAGUCCGGUACACGUGGUGCAAAGAACCUGGGAGAGCCGUAACCGCGACGUUCAAGCACAGACACCCGAACGCGGUUACAGAAGUACCUCGCCGAGAUCGCGAUCAAUCUCACCGAAAUCGCCGAUAAACGGUCGCGAGGAGAAGAAAUCGGAUAGUUCGAGAACGUCAAAGAGUCAUGGGACCAAGUACAAGAUCGGCGAGUCCUUUCGGAAGCUGGUGGGCAAAUUACGGUCAGCCAGCACGGAGAGGAAGAACAAACGGGGAAGCGGCUCGACCUCGCAAUUGACGCAGACCGACGACAACGGGCCGACCUAUUUGCAAUACAACGUGAUCGACAGGAACAUCCCUUUCGUCAGCGAAAGGGACGCAACAGAAGACAGGCCGCCAGAGAGACCGCCGCGAUCGCCGCGGAACGCGUCGAACAAGGUCAGGAAGACGGUCACCCGGGCGACCGAUCACGGGGUCCAGGAGCAAUGGCAACGCAGCGAGUCCACGCCGCCGCCCUUGCAGAGGUACUACUUGGGCGAGGAUCCUUUCGGCGGCAGCAUCUACGGCCGUGAGAAAGGAUACGAGGAGGACAGAGACCGGCUGCGACACGGAAGACCGCGCGGCUCCGGUAAAAUUGCCGUAGAUUCCGAGUGCAGCGUCGCCUCCAGCUCCCUCGGCAGGUUUAGCAAGUCCACCAGCAGACUGGUCGGCGAUCACGUGAGGGAGGAGCAUUUCCGGUCCAUCCAGACGUUACCGCGGAGCCUGCACUCCGCUGCCGCUGGACAACCGGCACGCUCGCAGACCAGGCGGCACCAGGCGAGCGUCGGCAGGUACGGCGCGCCCGGCAAGAUGAGCCAGCACAGUAGCAUGAUCAACAUAUCGAUCAAGAACACGGUGAGUACGUCGCCCAAGGUGAACGUGACGCCGGCGUACGGCACGCUCCAGGCGCCCCCGAAACCCGAACGGACGUACAAGUCGUCGCUGUCACGCAGCAAGAGCUUUAACGUCGAGGCCGACAGAAACGGCGUCGAGGCGCCGACCCGCGCACCGUAUACCUCCAAUUUGCACCUGAACCGCCUGGACGAGACGCCGCCGCUCAAGAGCCCCGGCAUUCUCGCCAGCAUCAGCCGUAGUAACAGGGACCUAUUGAGAGAUGGCAAAUACUGAGGUGGCUAAUAACAUAAUAAAUCGUAUACCCUUUCUGUUGGACGUUAAAUUGCGCUAUCCUACCCUCCCUCCCCGUAAACACGCGUGCCCGACGAGCGUCCCAGAGCGGUGCAA